GUUGCUUCUUCCCGUGACUGAACUUUGCAAGUGUACUCGCCUGUACUCGCUCAGUCAGCCUGUGAUGGCAAUAUCACCUGAAAGAAUUGGCACUGCCAAAUCUUCUUUCUCUACACCAGUGGUAGUCGAUUCACUCCCGCAAAAUGCAAAUAUUCGUCAAGACUCUCGUAGGAAAAACGAUCAUACUCAAUGUUGAGUCGGAGGACACGAUCGACAGCGUGAAUAAAAAGAUCCAGGACAAGGAGGGUGUACCAUCUUCUCAAUUGCGUCUUAUCUACAAUAACAAGCAGCUAGAGAAUGGACAUACGCUCUCUGACUACAGUAUCCAGAAGGAGUCCACGCUUCAUCUGGUUCUAAGAUUACCAUGCUGCACCCCUGUCGGAAGUAGUGGUGGAUGUCCUUAGUUGUGUUGAUUCUUGACAAUCCGGUAUCAUAAUGCAUCUCGUACAACUUGCCCGAUUUACCACGAAGAUUAAUUCGAAGCCUGUUCAAGUACAGUGUUUUGCAAAUCGCAUUGUCGCAUGUCGAGUGCUUGGU